AUGAACAACCACUCAAGCCUCGGAAAUAAGGAAAGGGCGCAGCUUCUCAGCGAUGAGACCACCCACCUUGUCAUGCAGAUUCUCAUGUACGGCGUCACACCCACCAUCUCCACCCUUGGGGUUCUGGGUAAUGUAUUCAGCAUCAUCGUCUUACUAAAGCACGGACUGCACAAAUGCUCCAACAUUCUGCUGUUUUGCCUCGCCAUAGGUGACCUCGUCUAUCUCAUCGCUUUCAACAGCGUCCCUAAACUUUUGUACGAGUUAUCUGGCGUAGCGUUCGCCUGGGAUUACAACGAGGUGACCGCCCAUACUUUAUUCGUCCUCUACUCGAUAUUUCAUUUUCUCGACUACGCGAUCGGGUUGUCUUCUCUAGCUAUCCCCAUGCUGAUCACGGCUGAGAGACUUGUUGCUGUGUUCCUGCCUAUGAAGUUCUCACGAAUUAUUACACCUGCGAGAACAUGGACAGCUGUGGGCAUCAUCUGCUUGUUUUGGAUUAUUGUAAUUUUCUACUCCUCCCUCUGGUCACAAUUCAAGUACGUUUUUUAUCCGAAACUUAACAUAUCGAUGGGCAUAAUCGAACGUUCAGAUCGAUAUUUUCAAGAACAAGACGUGGGCGACGUGUUAGAAGAAAUGAUAAAAUACCUCACUCUAAAAAUACCCCCUGGGCUCACACUAGUUGGUUGUGUCAUCAUUGCCGUGAAGAUCAAAAUGGCGUCCGCUAAGAGAAGAAAAAUGACGUCGAAUGGAGCAGCCAGAGAAACAAAGUCGAAUCGCACGAGCAAGAUCCUACUGUCUGUGUGUGCGAUGUACACCGUUACUUGUGCGAUCGUUUCCUUACCCAACUAUCUGCCCCAGUAUGGUUACUACACGAUGACUGGAGACGCGCCGAAUAAUGUUGGCCGUAUUGGUUACCAGUUCUUUAACAUUGUCGGAUGUACCAACAGUUCCUGUAAUUUUAUUGUGUACGUCGGAAUGAACAAGAAUUUCCGAGACACUUGGAAGUCGCUCUUCACUCCCUGUGGUUACAUACAAAAAACUGCAAAUCGACAAGAUCGGAAGAUAUGA